AUCAAUAAUAAUUAGUUAAUGUAUGUUUACUUUCCACUAUAAAUACAAUAAAAAUAGCACUUCGAAAAAGGGAAUUAGAUUAAUUAAAAUGACAAUUUGUAAGUUAAAUUGUUAUCAAAUAGUCGAAAAGAUAAUGUCUUUACUAAUUGUUAUCAAAAAUCAUGCCAAGAUAGGUUAAUUUAAUGGUAGAUGUAUUUUUUAGAUUUUUGUUUUGUUACUGCUUUAUUUAUCGUUUACUUUAACCAACUUACUUAUUGUAUCAAUUUACCAAUUAUAAUUAGCAUCUAAUCUGUAUUUUCUUAAGAUAAGUCACCAACAUUUAAUUAGUUGAUAUUUUUAUGUUAACUUGGAAGAAAGAGGUGAAACGAAAUCAUUAAAAGUUGAGCUGGUGAUGGCGUUGAAAAUGACUUAAGCGCAAACACCAAUCCCUCUUGAUAUGCUUGUAAGAUUUGUGCGAUCAGGCUUUUCAAAAAGAGCGAAAUUACUUUUUGAAUGAACAUGAAUUACUUAUUUGAAUGUUUUAGUCUUCCUAUCGAUGUCGUAUUUUACUGAAUGUUUGUCUCUCACUUGUCGAAGCAAAUAUGCACUCCCAAUAAUACUGAUAAUUAUUACUGGUAGUACAUCAUCAUUCAGGUGUAACGCGUUGGUUUCAAGCUCAAAACUUGAUCAGCUUCAGAUAUGAAAAGAUUUCUGUUAAGUUAAGAAGUUUGAUUUAGUUGAAUGAUCUUUAUCAUUUUAACUGCAUUAAUAAAAGACGUUCGAUUAAACUUUUUUUCGUUGUUUGUAUUACUAUGGUUGUCAAUGGCUCCGAAAUGAGCAAGUUAAAUCUUGAUUAUGUUGUCAAUGGAUUUUGGAAUGAAUAUGGCGAUCCUCGCACGUUUUCCAUGCCAAUCAUCAAUGGCGGACCAUGGAAAGUGUUUACCAUUGUAAUAUGUUAUCUUCUGUUUGUUAAAGUUUUUGGUCCAAUUUUCAUGAAAAAUCGACCACCUUUUGAUUUAAGAGAGGUUAUGUUACUUCACAACAGUUUUCUCAUUGGAGUAAAUGGAGUUGGAACCUUUGUGGGACUUUGGGUCACCGAUUGGGGAAGCAAAACGUUUGAUUGUAGUCCACCAGAGAAACAAGAUAAAUUUGACAUCAAAAUUUCGAUCCUCAUCUGGCUCGGUUGGAUUUACUUCAUGACUAAAAUUGUUGAUUUCAUGGAUACCAUAUUCUUUGUUUUACGUAGAAAAGAUCACCAAGCUUCUUUCCUUCAUAUUUUUCACCAUGGAUCUAUGCCUUUAGUGGCCUAUUUUGGCUUAAAAUUUCAUCCUGGACCAUAUAGUGCUUUCCUUCCUAUCUUUAAUUGUUUUAUCCAUUUUAUUAUGUACAUAUAUUAUGCUAUGGCUUGUGCAGGUCCAAGUAUGAAAAAGUUUCUUUGGUGGAAAAAACAGCUUACUCAAAUCCAAAUUGUACAAUUCAUGGCAACCAUUGUUCAUGCAUCUUAUGCCUUCUUCACGGAUGGAUGUCAUUAUCCAAGAUUACUCGCUUUUCUAGAAGGAAUGCAUGCGACAAUUUUUCUUGUCAUGUUCUUGAAAUUCUAUUAUAGAACAUACACCAGAGCUCCAAAGAAAGUCAUGUGAAUCUUUCCUUUGUUGUAAACAUUAAACAUGAAGCCACUUUUUAACCCUAUCUAUGUUACUUUUCUCUACUUAAUAUUAUUGAACAUAAAUGGCUCUAAUCUUAAUAGUCUAAAUCCUUCUAAAAUAAGCUCAUACAGAUAUGGAAAUUGAAAAAAAUGCUUUU